AUGCUUUUCUAUUGCCUCGUAAGUUGUCUGUUCUUAUGCCGGACCAUCUCGGCACUCGAGCUUCCAUAUAACCAUGGACAACAACAACCGCUUCACCCGUCCAAACAAAGUUCCCGAGUGAACAAAGACUCGGCUAGAGGAACCGUCCUAUUGGGGUACAAGGAAACUGGGAGCGAUGUGGAAAAAGCAAUUGAAAUCCCGUGGGGAACCCGCAUCCCAUCAGGUAUGCAUGCACUUCUGAAGUCAAAGCGAACAUCCGUAUUGACCAUCUGCCCAGGCAGAAACCUACCUGUGCACCCAAAGACAUUGAGGGUGUUGACAGCCGCCAACAAUCUGGGACAAGCGAUGCCGUUGGAAAGACUCGAGAAAAUCGUGUGCUAUUUAGAGCCAAAAAUGACGGCGAACAAUAGAGAAGCAGUCGAACUCGCAAUGGGAAGGAAAUCUUGGGAGGGUGUUUCACUCGGUGACGGUAUAGUCGAGUUUGAGAGGAGUGACUCGAAGUGGUUCUUGAGAGGCAUCGGCGUGAGCGCUUACCAGUGCUGGUAA